AUGUUCAGUCUUGCAGGAAGAAGAAGCGCUCUCGCGCGAUCAAAAUGUCUCGCUCCUACAGCGCUUCCGGUACGCGCUGUUGCCAUCGCACAGCAAUCUGCCAACUGCACAAGGGAAUUUCACUCAACGCCGACAAAUGCCGCGUUUCGACCGACUUGGAUGCCAAUGCGUGUCAAGACCCCUUGGAUUGAUGCAUUGACUCAGAGCCGUGAGGCUGCUCGCGAUUCUCAGGAGGGCAAGGAGGCAGCGCCUAUCGUCAAGCCAGAUCUGACACCGAAAAAGAUGUCCGAUAGCCAAUAUAGUGCUAUUCUCCCAUUGGCGCAAGAUAAAUGGCUGUUGGACACGUAUCUCAAUGCCUCUGGGCAUAUUCGACUUGGGUCGCUUCUGAUGGACCUUGACGCAUUGGCUGGUGUUAUUGCCUACCGUCACACCGGUGAUGGAGUCACUACCGUCACUGCUGCUGUGGAUCGUAUUACAAUUGAGAACCCGCUGAUGGAGAUUGGUGAUCUCGAGCUCAGUGGCCAGGUCACCUAUGCUACUGGCCGAUCCAGUAUGGAGAUUUCGUGUCAGGUUCUCAAGGUCCGCCCUGAAGGCCAGGAGCCUAGACCUGAAGAUGUUCUGAUCACCUGUGCCUUCACCAUGGUCUCUUUAGAUCCUGUAACCAAAAAGCCUGCCUCUGUGGCGCCACUAAUUAUUGAAACCGAAGAAGAGAAGCGUCUUUAUCAAAAAGGCGAAGAGAACUCAAAAAACAAGAAGGCUCUCAGAACUCGUAGUCUGCUCGAGAAAGCACCCGAUGACGAGGAGAGUAAUCUCAUCCACUCCAUGUGGACAAAAGAGAUGUCCUACCUGAAUCCCGAGAAACCAGUCAUCCGCCCCCAAAAUCAAGUCUUCAUGAGUGACACCGUUCUCAAAUCAGCCAUGAUCAUGCAACCCCAAGAUCGCAACAGACACAACUUCAUGAUCUUCGGUGGUUUCCUCCUAAAGCAAUCCUUCGAGCUCGCUUUCUGUUGCGCAGCAUCCUUUGCCCACGCAAGACCUAAUUUCUUGGCACUCGACCCCAGUACCUUCGAGAACCCCGUCCCAGUAGGAAGUGUACUGUACCUCCGUGCUACAGUAGCUUACACAGAGCCCGAGGAGCGUGAAGGUGACAGCAGCAAGUACACAAAGGUUCAGGUACGCGUUGACACCAAGGUUCGAGAUGUCGAGCACGGCACCAAGAAGUCAACCGGCAUGUUCAACUAUACAUUCUUGGUUGAGAAGGAUAUCAAUGUCAUGCCUAAGAGCUAUGGAGAGUUUAUGCUCUGGACUGAUGCUCGUCGUCGCGCGCAGAAUGCUGCGGCUAUUGAUCCCGGUCACAAGACGAGUGCUCUGCGUGUAAUCAAGGACAGUGUGACGGAGUAG